ACUAUUAAAUACAAAAUGCAUUUAAUCACAUGCUUUGUUUUGCUCUUUCAUUUUCAGGCCACUCUGAAGAAGUAUCAGAGUGAGCGAAGGUCUCGGUCCGAGUCAAUUGAGCGUUGUCAGACCCAGCUGAAGAAACUCCGCAGAAAGAGCCAGGGCAGCCGUCACCCAAACAAAUAUGGAGACAGAGAGAUGCAGUUUGUGGAGCUGAUGAGUCGCAGACAAGGUGAGCUGGAUGUGCUGGUGGCUACAGGCUACAAGUCUGCACUCACAGAGGAGAGGAGGAGAUACUGCUUCCUGGUGGACAGACAGUGCUGUGUCACCAAGCUGCUCAUCAACUACCACUCCAAGGUGAGGGAGCUUCUGUCACAGAAACUAUCAACCUGGCAGCAGUCUUGUUCUCAGCCUACGAAGCUCCCAGAGCGUGCCCUCAAUCUGCUGCGUCAUACUACGCCACAAAGCCAAGGGGCUGCUGGGAUAGCAGAGGUCCUCCGUCACACCAAGCUGGGCACUGCUCAGCCGGAACAGAGGCUUUCCAUCCAAGAGGUCCCUCCUCUGCUGAACGGAGACUCAAGCCGCUCCCAGCAGCAACAGCGGUCGCUCCCCUCCUCUUCCUCCUCCCACAGUGACACUGGUCCUCCUCAGGGCUCUCCUCAGACUUUUCUCUCUUCCUCCUCCAGUGGUGGAGUUGCUGGAGACUCGUCCCGUAGGGCUUCUCCUCAGCAUACCAGCACACCUCUCAGUCCCUCAGCGAGCCCUCUUCCAGAUGGAAGCCCUGGAUUAUCCAACUCCACCAUGUCCAGCACCUCCCCCCAGCAAAGCUCUCUCCUAAUGGUCACUAACACAUCUAACCUCUCCCCAAGCCUCAUCCCUUCAACGGUUAUGUCACUCAGUCAGAUCUCCAAGAACAGUAACUCUUCUCAGGGAAUGACCCUCCCUAUUCUCCAUAGCGCUCCCCAUAGUCCUCCGCUGUCCCAUAGCGCACCUCUCUCCAGGGCUAUGACGCCGGUGCAGCUGCUGCACCAGCAAGUUGGACCAGGAGGAAGCCACACUCUGUCUCCAUCAUACAGUCCCUGGCUACUAAAGGCUGGGGAUGUAUCUGCUACUGCAACUCUUCCCCUUCCAAGGAGACCUGUGAGUGAAAUGAGAUCAGGAGGCUUUCAGGGUUCCAGUCUUCCCAGAGUGCUUCCAUUAUCUGGAGUAACCCAUGUGGAAGCCCUGUUCGCCCAUACACCUGGAUCAUCUGAAGGUGCAGGUGGAAAUUUAGGAGGCGGGGCUUGCUUACUUCACUUCCUGCCCGGGGACAACAUCACCCUGCUGAUCUCUGAGCCCAGAGAUGGAUGGCACUAUGGUCAAAACGAACGCACUGGACGGAAAGGGUGGUUCCCUUUCUCCUACACCCAACCACAACACAGCAGAAUGGACCAUCUGGAGGGCUCCCUCUUUUUGUCUAAGGCUAACAGCACUAGCACAGGACAACUUGACAAACUAGUGUCUGCAGGUCUCCCUGCUCUCACCCCUGAGUCCGAGGAGGAGCGUUCCCUUCCUCCUCAGAGGGUCAGCACCUUCCGUCCACGCCCCUACAGCAUGGCCGACAGCAACAAGAUCACGUCUGAUUUAAGUGUCUCACCACCAUCACCCACCAGGCCCAAUCCGUUUGCCCACAUCAGACUGAGAAAAACCGUCACCAACGAUCGCUCGGCUCCCAUAAUCGAGUGAGCACAGCAGCUUUCAGUGAUCUGUAAUCAGUUCUUCAAGCCUCAGGUUGAGUCCUGGAAACUGCACACUGUGUUUACAAACUAUGAUUAACUCAUAUCUAUUUUAUUGUUUCUUUAAUCAUGUACAUGUUUAUGCUCAAUGUGAAAAAAAACAUAUUUUAGCUAGAAAUUCUUUGAUUUUGAUGUAACUGUAAUAACUGAAAAAUCACUAUGAAACUAUUAUAAACUAAGUUUGAUGGUUUCCUCAUGUUUCAAAAAGCACCAUGCUGCAUCUUUCACCUCAAAAAAGUGACUAAGCUGUUCUAGUUGGUUCUGAGAUGUAAAGGAUGCCUUUUACUUCUCCUGGUUUCUUUUUAUGUUUGCCAUAUAUAGAAAAUAGUUUCAGAUCUGCUGAAAUAUGGACUGGAUCCUAUAACAAAAUGUUGUACACUUUAACUGAGGAGGAAUUAUUGGGAUGAGGACAGGCUCCUUCUGUAUUUUUAUUUUUUUCAGAAAAAGAUCCACAUGUGUUGUAUUUUAGCAAAGGAUGCUUUUAAAUGCAUUCAUACUGUUUAAGUAUAUAAAAGCUAAUUGUUUAGAUAAAGUACAGGGGAUCUUGAAAUGAAAUCUAGAAAAUGAGUUAUAUCUUUCUGUUUAUUUUGAUAACAAUGUAUAGGAAGUGACUAAAUGCACAAUACCUAAAAUGUUUUACCAGUUUUGCUGCUGUAACGUUUUAUGUUUAUUCUGGUUAGUGAAGGCAUUCAGAUUACCUUAACUUGUGAACUUAAAUCAGGAUACAAACAACAUAAACUGUUUCUAUAUUAUGUUUGAUUACAACAAUGUGGCUUCACUUUAGUAUUUAAAAAGUCGCAUACUGUGAAGUUUAAAAGGUGAAGGUCAGGAAAGUGGUGUUAGAAUGCAAAGUUCAUUUUUAUUUAGAAAGAUGAAAAGAUGAGAAAGGCUAAAUAUAUAUAUAUAAAAAAUUAGCAGAUUACAUGCUUAGUCUGAGGAUUUUCUGUCUUGAUUUCUUUUAGACCUAAAUUCAAAGGUCUCCACCAUCUAGAUGCGAGUCUACGAGUCAGACUGAGCCGAAUCUUAAAGAGUGAUGUAAAAGGCAUGUAGGAAGACAUGAGUGAACUCGGUGUGGAAGUGUUUCUAAUGAAAGUGAAGGAGAAAGCAUACAGGAAGUUGACUUAUGUCUAAGGAAGUGUUGGUGAUGAUCUUAAGAUGCCUUAUUUCAGGAUGUUUGAGAAUAAAAACUUGCUUUGUGCCAAUUGAAAUGAUUGUUUUUCUCUGCAUUCAGUCCCUGUGAUCUUUUUAGAGCAUUGU